UUGGCGCCUUUGGAGGCCUGCUGGGAACAGGACUUCUAAAAAACAAGUAUGUCUGGAAGGCUGUGGUGCAAGGCCAUUUUUGCUGGCUACAAGCGAGGCCUCAGGAACCAAAGAGAGCACACGGCUCUUCUUAAAAUUGAAGGUGUUUAUGCCCGAGAUGAAACUGAGUUCUACUUAGGCAAGCGGUGUGCUUAUGUGUACAAAGCAAAAAACAAUACAGUGACUCCUGGAGGCAAACCAAACAAAACCAGAGUGAUCUGGGGAAAAGAAACUCGGGCCCAUGGAAACAGUGGCAUGGUUCGUGCCAAAUUCCAAAGCAACCUUCCUGCAAAGGCCACUGGACACAGAAUCUGUGUGAUGCUGUACCCAUCCCGGAUUUAAACUAAUGGAGAGUAAAUAAAUAAAAGUAGAUUUGUGUUCUUGUAAAAAAAAAAAAAAGAAAGGAAUCCAAUAAAGAAAUACCUAAUUAAAUAUAAGAAAGUUACCCUAAAGACACUUUAGGAUAGCUCAAUGACUCUGUGUUAGUAAAAAUAUGAAAAUCUGUAAGAAAUGAAUACAGGAGAAAACAAAAUGACAACAUAUCUGAAUGAUAAGAAUGGAGUGGAUCUGCUUAGCUGACCAGUGUGUUAUAUUUGGGAGAUAAAAUUUCUCAAUGAUAUAGCCAUCUUUAGUUUUUAGUGAACAUACCUGUUUAAAUGUGUCUAGGUGAAUCUAAGUCAAAUCUUCUUAUACUUGAAUUAAAAUGUAAUGAAUAAUCUAGUCAAAAGCAAAAAUAAAGGGCUAGUCUGAAGAGACUCCUUUUGAUCAAAAUUGGAAUGUUUGCAUCAAAAUAAUAAGAAUGCUAAUAACUUAUAAUUAAUUGAACAUUUUCAUCAUCUAUGGUAUUGAUAAUGAGAAAGAGAGACAGAGAGACAGAGAAAGAGGAGGAGAUAUGGUUACUCUGCCAACCUAUUAACAAUUUGUAAAUCUACUCUACCAAGAUUAUCAGA